AUGGCUACUUCUACAAACACAAAAUCAAAAAAUUCUUUAAAAUGUGUUGAAUGGAUGUGGCAAUCGAAUACAGAUCCAUUGUCAUCAACUGAGCCAGCAGAAUGGAGUCAUUACUCUGAUGUAGAAAAUUUAAUUAUUGAACGUGCAUAUACAAAUGGACAAGAGCGAGCAAUUUUAGAUGAUUAUUAUAUUGAUUUCAAAGCAAAUAGACAAAUAUCAAAUACAGAUAAUGAUAAGCAAAGACCUAUAAAACGAAUAGUUCGUAAUAGAGAAGAUAAACAUUUACGAGAAGAACGUUUUGUAGAUCUUCCUGUUACUAUAGGACGUUCCUAUGGUGGUGAAUACGGUUGGGUAUCACCAUUUGUUAUUGAAGCUGCUGAAGGUAUUAUUAAAGAAGGUAAACAUAUUGGAAAAGAACAACAAGCUAAAGAAUUGGCAAAUAUGCUUCAAGAACAAAAAGAUAACGAAAUCGAACAAGUAUGGCAAUGCUGCGCUUAUAUAUAUUCAUUAGAAAGUUUUCUUUAUAAAACUUUAAAUGCAACAAUGAGACUGAUUGGAGAUAAAGAUCAUGAGCAUGUAUGGAGAAGUAAAAUUCGUACAUUGGGACCAUUUUGUUUGUUACUAUGGGAUGAUCCAUUUAAUAAAAAAGCAAAAAUAAAGAAAACGCUUUAUCGAGGAGCAUAUCUCAAUGGUGAACAAAUUGCUAAAUAUAAAUUAAUGAGCAAAAACUCCUACAAUUAUGGUUCAUUUCAAGCAUUUACAUCAUGUAGUCGUAAUCGUAAAAAAGCAGAAAAUUUUGGAAAUGCUUUAUUUAUUAUGGAAAUUGUUGUUGCUUUUACUGCGGAUCUUGCUGAUGUAUCUGAAUAUCCUGAAGAAGAAGAAGAACUUAUUACACCAGGUGUUUCUUUUUGGGUUACAAAAGUUGAAUUGGAUCGAAAGAUAAAUAAACAUUUAAUUUACUUAAGACUAAGACAACGCUUCUCGGGUAAGUAACAAAAAAUGAUUUCUUGUCUUCGUUAAUCAUACUCUUACUUCUGAUAAAUCAUAUAAGACUACGCAAUGAGUUGAAAUGAUCACAAAAUGAAGAAAAAGAUGAUUCUUCAUGAAAUUCAAACUGCAUAUUAACUGCUAUCCGAGCAGAUGUCCUAAACUUGUUAGACUAGAAGAGAUAUCUAAUUUUGGCCUUAUGUACUUCUUCUCACUUCCUUCCAUUCGAUGGUAUCUUUCUUCUUUUCCUUCUGGUUUCAUAUUUUUUUACUAUGAACAUCAGUAGUGUCAGCACGUAGUCGAAACAGUUAAUAAGGUUUAUGAUGUUAGUAAUAAUCUUAAUGAAUCUAGAUCAGCAUUUUUAAGAAAUCUUCUCUGUACUAUCCGAUUCGAAUAAAUUCUAUUGAAAGUUCACGGAAACUCAUCAACUUCUAACCUAACUUAUAAUGAUUUAGCAAAAUCCAUUGGAUUAUUUUCCUAUGAACGGAAAAUAGGAGAUACUGUCUCUGAGAUAACUAUAAUUUAUACAUUUUCUAGUGGACAACGAAUUUCUAAUAAAUUCGAUUUGUUCAAUAGAGUUGAAAUAAAGCUCUAGUUCCAAACCAAAAUUUGUCUCUUUAAUAACAGCUCAACAUUUGAAUAUUAUAACUUAUGUAAGCAAGUCCUCUUAAGUAGUUGAAUAUAGUUUUAUUUUGAACUUUAUUUUUGUGUAUAGUACACAAAAAAUGUUUUCUAUGAGUACAGAUAAAGCAAACAAAUAGAUAAACUAUCUAAUAAGAUUGUAGCUCGCAAAUAAUUAGCUAAGAAAGUAAACAAAGAAUAUAAAUAUUAUUCUUUUAUUUUAUAUUGAAUAAUUCUUGUGUUUUGUAUGAAAAUAUCUUUGAGCACUUUUGUCAAAUUUUGAUAUAGAAAAAUUCUGCUUUGGAUGCUGCUGUUUUUGUACUAGAAUUAUAAAGAUAUUGAAUAAAUUCCAUAAGUUUAUUGUUCCGUACUAUAUGAGAAUAUUUGAAUCUUACUGAAAAGUAUUCUAAUCAGUCUUCUUGAUACUUUAUAUUAUUCUACUAUUUGAACCGAAUAAGGAAGUCAGAACUGAUGAAAGAUAUUAAUGAGUAUUUUGUUUCGUCGUCUCUUCAUUAAACAUUUACGUUAAUCAUUAGCAUAAAGGCGUUUGUCUCGCAUUUUCCAAGAUGUUUAUAUGUAUUCUAUUUGUUCAAAUGAGUCCUCUUAAGGAUGCAGUUUUUUUUAUUGAUAUAUGUAUAUAAAAUAGAUUUGACGUUUCCUAAAGUGUAAAAUCCCUUUCCUUCUUAAUGAAUCCAUAAGAAUCCAAUUUUAUUUUAUCAUAGAUUUUCAUAUCCAAAAGCACUACGACAGUCUUUUCAUAACAACAAGCGAGGUCAUUUUUACUUCAGAUUUUUUAAAGAGGAAUUCUCAAAAAUAAAAAAAUAUCUUUUUGUGUAUUUUCUUUUUUCUUAUAAAUGAAUGUUACCAUAACAGUGACACUAUUUAUGAAAAUAAAAUGAUUUAAUUCUAACUUGAUAAAAUGAAAUUUUCAUCUUAUGAAUAGAUAAAAUAAUCAAUGACUUUAUGCGUUUUGCUAUAUCUAAGUAGAUUCAAUUGAAAAUUUCAUCUUUAUAAUUCAAUUUUUAAACUAAACAAUUUGAUUAUCAAUUGAUAUUUUUGAUAAUAAUUCCUGCGUAAUUAUUCUAAUAAGUAAUUAUUUAGUUAGUGUUGAAUAUAUUUUAGCAACUAAUAUGUUAGAAGUCUAAUCAAUGGCACAUAAAUCAAAAUACAAUACGACGUAGAUCGAAAUAUUUAUUAAAAUUCUAUCAAAUUUUAUAAUACACACAAAUAAAAAGACCGUUUUUACAUAUAAUCAUGUAUGUUACAGUAAAUAUUGAAGUUUUAUUUUCAUCUUGGAAAAAUUCAAAUAAUACGUCAUUUUAAAUUGCACCUAAUAGUACAAAAUAAAAUAUUAUUUUUGAUUAUAAAACAAUCUGAAAUUCUAAUAUAAAACUUAUAUUAUUUAUCGAAGCGUAUAAAUUUCUAUUAUAGUAAAAAUUUAAAUACCUAUUGCUUUUUAUUGUUGAUUAUCUAUAACAGUACAUAUUAUUUAUUAAUAACAUAGACGCAGAGUUGCCAAAUUUCCUUCUGAAGAAAAACACUUCUGGUAUCAAUAAUUGCUUUUUAAAUAUGCUCCUUUUUUUCGGUUUUCAAACUGUUGACAUAAGAAAGAAUGAUCUCAUGUCAAAUUCAUUAGAGAUCAGUCUUUUGCUAUAAUCGUCUCUAUUUUUGAAGAAAACUUUUUUCUGUUUUUGUUUGUAUAUGAAAUCAUGUCGAACAUUCGAGAAAUGCCUAUACAAAAACGACAUUGAAUAUCUACUUUUUCGAAAAUAGAAUAUUCUAAUUUUAAGCAAGAAAUUCGAUAAAUACAUUGUAGAAUAUUGAAAAUACUUUAAUUUAUUUAAAGUCGAGCUUUUACAAAAUAGAAUUUACAAAAAAAAAGAGAGUGUAGAUUGUAAAAUAAAUAGUAAUAUAAAGCACGAGUUAGAAUCUUUCGUUUUUUUCUUAUAAGUACAAUAGGUCAAUGGAAUCAGAAUAUGACGAAGAAUAGUCAUAGAAUAAUCUUACAUGAACAAAUUGAUAUAAGAUGAAAAUAAAACACAUUCUUUUUAUUGACAUACUUUUGUCAUAAACUUAUACGAUUGAACAUAUUUGGAUCAAAUUAAGCAUAUCAUUGCUAAACUAAUAAAUCCAAAAUAUAAACUACUCUUGAG